AUGUCAGGGAAGAACGAAGAAAAUUCUUGCAGUGACAACAAGAUGGAAGAUCCUUCUCCUAGGCCCGAUGUAGAGGUUCCUGUGAACUACGUGUACCGCCUACUGCAGGAAGAGCAAUAUACUCCCUGCCUAGGUUCCACCACUUCAGAUUUCCUCCUCGCCAUGCUUGAUUACCUUACCGACUAUAUCCUGGAGGUGGUGGGCUCCGAAGCCAACAUCAACAGCCAGCAAGAUAUCCCACAAGAUGGAGAGAGGCAAGGAAACAACGAACACGAACCAUCUCAUGCCUUCAAGAACGCGCCUUUCUCUCUGUUUGAUGAGAUGCCUGGACCCAGAAGGAAUGGCUGA